UGCGCAUUCGGCUUCGGCCGAUGUCCGCCAAAAUGGCGAAAAAUUUGUCCUGCAAAAAUCACUAAUUUAUUGAGGUAAAUUGUCAAGAAACCGUUGAUUUACCACCGCAGUUUGAACAAGACACAUCUCAGAGCAAUAUGGCUGGUUUUGACCAGGCGGGGCUUCCCGGAACGGACUCUAUCUUGAAUGGACUUAGAGGCGCUCAAGACUUCGAGGUUGUCAACUUCAUAGAAAACUUUCAACAGGAAAAUAGCAUUAUGUUGCCCUCUUUACAGCCUGCUCUACCUUUUUUGGACCUUCACGAUGUUCGUAGAAUGGAAUUCAAUAGUUUUGUCAUGGAAAAUUUACGAGACAAACUGCUGGAGCAAGUGAAAGCUUUGGAGGUUGAAAAGCUCCAGAGUCUGCUUGAUCAGUGUUUUCCGUUCAUCCAUGUGCAGCAUCUUCGUCCAGUUGUGAUGGAGGUGAUGAAAUACCUUCCUAAAGUUCCUGAAGAAUGUCUUGAGCAACUUGCAAAUGACCCACAAUUGUACGAGGGCUGUUCUAUUGAGGUUAAAAGACAGAUCUGGGUAAAACAUCACGCGUUGUUUGGUGAUGCCGUUGGACCCCUUUUGAAUCAAUAUGUUGAAGCGAAAUACAGUGUCAUUUUCUCCACAGAACCAUUAAACUCUCACACAUUCUUUUCAAUGCCGUCUAAAACAAGGAGGCAAAAUACAGUUGUUCAGAACUUAGCCAAAAUGAUUGGAAAGUCUUUGGAACUGUACAAUCUUGUUCUGCAGUUUCUUAGAACACUUUUUCUACGAACCAAGGAAGUUCAUUAUUGUACUCUUAGAUCAGAGCUUCUAAUGGCUGUUCACGACCUUGAAAUUAAAGACAUAAAGGAUAUUGACCCAUGUCACAAAUUCACAUGGUGUUUGGAUGCUUGCAUCAGGGAAAAAGUGAUUGAAGGGAAAAGGACAAAAGAGUUGCAGGGAUUUUUAGAUCAGGCCAAGCACAGUGAAGAACAAGUCCUUGGGUAAGGCUGUUUGAAUAAAGUGAAACACUAAGAAUGUGACCGGCAUCACACUAGGUGAAAAAUGUCAUUGACUUUUGAUAGAAGCUUCACAAUUUACCAGAUGAAUACCUCUUACUUACCCACGGGUAUCAGUAGGUACUUCACUGGUCAUAUUAUGGUGGUUUAAUAUUGGUCUUAAUAAUGGGUUAGCCAUAUUCAAAAGAAUGCUUGUAUAAUAAAGAAAUGACUGGAUUUUUGUUCAGGGUAGAGAAGAUAUUGGGCAGGGUGUACAUUGUAUGACAGGAUUUCAUGCAGAGCUCUCAUUAAGGGCCGUAACCCAUAACCAUGUUACAGCUGUGCUCAUUUGAUGUUAUGGGUGAUCAAAGUGGAAAGCUUAAGGUGAUACUAUACUGUAAAUCUUUUGUGAAAUGUUACGGGUGAACCGAUGCUUCAAAGCGCAAUCGUAAUGACAGCCUUGUCAUGGUAAGUGAUUAUACCAUCUGCGCCACUCCAAGGCAUGAAAUUGUGCCUAAUACAGGCGCCAUUGCCCCUGAAUUCCUAUCACUAGAGGUCAAUCCAGGUAAUUAGUCACCAAAUUGGUGACCAGUAUUCUGUAUUCUUCAUCACACCAUCCUUGAAGAGCUCAUGAAUAUUUCAAAAUGUUCAGAAAUAAAUCCAUGGCAGUUUAUGGAUAUUAAAACAGAAAAGUGAAUUUAGACUUUGUCCAGUACCACAUGGUAGAAGUGAAUGGGUUAACAUUAUUUUGUGGAUGUUGUAAGUACCAUUAUUAUUAUUUUUUUCUUUUUCUCUAUUUACUAGGGAUAUUGCAAUGAUUUUGUGUGACCCGUUUGCUAUCAACACUGUUUCCAAAAGUGUAAUUAAGCAACUACAGCGACUUGUCAACACAGAGUUACUGCCAAGGGUGAGUUUUCUUUCUGGUUUGAUAAUAACUCUGAGUGUCAGAAGUUCUACCACAGUGACUUUCCUUUCAAAAAAUAAUUGAAAAUCUAACUCCUUCACAAGAGUAAAAUCCUUGAUGAUAUAUGAUAAAGACAAACUUAAUACAGUCCGUUUUGUUUUGGAAAUUGCAGACUUCUUCAGAUGUCAGUUUCCUUUUGCGGGUGUUGAAUCUGGGAGUUAGUGCAUGGGAAAUGAUUAGUAAUCAGCACUUUACUGAGGUGGCACUGGUAAGUUAUAUCAGUAUUAACUAUGUUCAUGCAGCUCCCUUGUUACUUGUGUAAAUUAUUUUCAUUCAAAUUCUCAAAAAGUGCAUUAACAUGAAUUUUUGUGGGCAACAAAUAAACCUAGAAUUAAAGAGUAAUAAAUUUACACCUUUAAUUUUAUAUGCCCCUUUUGCCAACCACUUUUUCAUUUCAACUAGCUCCAAAAGCUUUUUGACGAGCAGAAUUGAUUUCACAGUUCUUCUGUUAUUAUUUUGAAUUCCUCAAAAAACAUCACUUGCCCGUUGGGCAAGUGAAAAACAGAAUUCACUAGCCCGAUAGCAAAAUCCACUAGUCCCUGGCUAUCAGACACUACUUUCUUUGCAUGCUCUGCAUGUAUAACAUGAAGAAGAUUAAAUGUCACUUGGUCAUCUAUGCAGUUUGUCAUUCACCUUAUUAACAUUGUGAUGCUUUGAUCUGCUAAGAGGAGUGUAACAUAAAAGAAAAUCAUUCAUGGCCAACGAUAAGUUGCUUGUGUCCUGUGAAAUGUUAACAAUUGUGGAACAGUGUGCAUGGUGUCUCACUUUUCAGGGAUUUCCUAAAAAGAGAUAGAGAGAUUUACAGGCCUUAGGCUAGACAGUUUGCUUUACCCUAUGAAUUUUAUCCUCAGCUGUUUGAAAAACUAAUACUGUACUUAACUUUUUGAUUUUAACCUUAAUAGGGUGGUGAAUUGGUUCAUAAGUUCUUGCCACUGAUUAUGUCACUGAUGGUGGAUAGUGGUCUUAACUCUCUUCAUGAUAAACUCAAUGAUGGGGACAAGAAUGGUGGCAUAGAGGGCCCUUCACAAUUCACUGCGUACUUUGUAGAAAUUACUUCAUCAAAUUCAGUAGCAUUCACGCUGGCUUGGUGCUAUCUUCUUCAUGUUAUCAAGCAAAAAGACAGGUAUUAUUUUACUAUCAGUUGUGGUCAGGAAGAAUUAUUUCAUUGUCUUUGAAAAUCUCUGGAGAAACUGUAACAAUAAUAUUAGUACAUCCCUGAUGGAAUCCCAUCCUCAGCGAUGGGUGCUGGCAAUGUCACCUGUUGAUUAACUGCUUAAUCACUUCUGUGGCAUUCUCUAUACAGUAUUACUGUUAUGCAUGUAUUUACAUUAAUAGUAAGAUGUCAACACUCAGCUCGCAAUUUGAAUACAAUAGUUUUCUGUUAAUUGGGUUGAUAAAGUCAAUUUAAAAAGUUAAUAUUGAAAAGGUGAUGUUUGAGUCUCGCCUUUCUUCAGCGCAAAUAAAGUUAUUAUGGCUUGUCUGUGGUUUAUAUGUUAAUAAUGGAGUUACAAGGCUGUUGGUGGGAAAAUGGUAAAUGAAAAACAAGGGUAAAUUAUUCUGUUUAUAAUUCUUUGGGUAAUUGGAGUGCCCAUUUGGAAGGUAAAUUUUUCUCCUAGAUUCUUCUUGCAGCUUUCCUUUCUGCCUUAUUGUAGAGUGACUGCAGGUUACAAUGUUUUAACAAGAAUAAUUGAAUGGACAUGCACAUAAAAAUUUUUAAUAGAAUGGUUUCAGAAUGUUUACAAGUUCGUGAUUGUGGACUACUUCUGGACUAGUCAAUCCUGUCUUCUCUCGUCAAACUGGUUUUUCGAGUGCAGGCAUCAGUUUAUUGAUAAACCAAUGAUCAUAAUUGAGCCUGCAGUACCAAACACACUUCUUUUAGGCCUGGGUUUGAAACUGUAUUCUAGCAACAUGCAGGGCAUGCUCAACAAAGUUGUAAUCAAUUCCUGUAGAAUUUUUCUAAAGAAAAGCUUUGCUGGUGAGGUGGUACAAAGGCUGCUGUCAAAACAUAUCUUGCCUCCUUUUUGCUAACAGACAAAUGCUGCUGACCAUCUUGCCUUGGUUUGUUGGCACCUGCCAGGAGCGCAUGUUAGAUGAGGUGUCUCUUCACACGCUGGUCAGCUCACUGGCUGCUUGGUCUGAAGAGUUUUCUCGUGCUGACUUCUGCGAUGUUGUGUUUGAUCAGUUUCUGCUUCUUCUGGUAUCAGACUCAAAUAUUUUGCGACACACCCUUCGCCUCUUGUGGUAUGUCCUUCCUAAAAUGGACCCUCAGAAAGUGGUGCAUGUUUUGACCUUGGCACAGCCUUCUAGUGAGGUAUGUAGUUAUAUGCUAUCAGUCCCUUUGGUGACCCAGGAUGAUUGUCAAUUCUUCAUUUUAAAUUCAUUUGAUUUACAAACUUGGCCACAGUUUCCAGUGACAACAUUUUUUAAGCUCUAGAAUUUUCUGAUUUGAUUCCAUAUGAACUACUCUGUCAACUUUGACAUGGUCUGUUAAAAACCGUGUCAGCAGUAACUGGUAUUUGAGUUACGGUACAAGGUUUAUUGCGGUAGUGUUGAAGUUGGCAUAUUAUUCAGAUGGCUACGUUUUCUCGAAUUCUUAUUAAUGCCCCAGUCAGUACUCAAUAACGUAUAAUUAUUUGCGAAUCAGAAAUUUCCCUUGGAGGGUAAAAGCCCAGCUGACUUUGAAGCACAUUAAAUUUUUCCAACAUUACACAAGCUUCAUCGUAGGGAAGUUCCUCGUGAAUAUAAGCCCCUUAUAAAUAUUGUCGUUUGGAACGUUUAAGCCGUGGAUCUUGUUUUCAAAAUUUUAGGGUAUCUUUUGUACGUUUUUGUGGUUAUUGCUAAUAUAAUCCUUUACAUUUCAGCACAUUGAAGCAAUCCAUGAUCUCCACGCUAUGAUAGUUGAACGUGUUGCCAGUUCCAAUGCCCUAACCCCUGGCUCAUCAUCCAUGGAACAGCCUUCCUCUGCAUCAUCGCUUAGUUCAUCCUCACACAGUCCGCUGUUGGAUUACAUUCAACCUGCCAGUACUUAGACCACAGGCUUACCAUUCAUCGUAUGUUUUUGUUGUGGACUGUGCUUUAUUGUUUACGGUCACUUCAUUCCAUGGUCAGAUUGUUUCAAGCUAGAUCGUUCCAUUUUAUAGUCAAAUCGUUCCACAGUUUCAAUGUAAAUCUCAAUGUGAAGCGCACUUUUUUUAGCCUCUUGGAUUAAAGAACGAGGGAUACACAGUAACGCCCUUGUUUCUGCUCGUGGCUUUAAGACUCCUGAAAAGUUCUGACUGCAUUGUGGAACGAUCUGAUAAUAUUAAGUGUAAUGAUCUGACCAUGGAACGAAAUGAAUUACUCAUUCUACAGUGUAAGUGGAGAGAGCGUUAAAGGAGCCUUGUCAUCGUAAAAUCAAUAAUGCCAAUGAAUGUACCGCUUUUAAAUUAUGUUAAAUCACUGUUUCAAGCUUGAACUCAAAGAGUGUUUGAAUCUAGAAAUCCAGGAACAUUUUGCUUGUGAAAUCCGGCUCCAGGAAAAUGUUGUUUGUGGAAUCCGGAAUACAGCCCAAGUUAUCUGAAAUCCCACUGUAAUGGGAAUCCAGAAUCCAAGUUCCUCUGACAAAGAUUGGAAUCCGGUUUUAAAAUUAUGGUUCCACGGCAUGGAAUCCGGAAUCCAAGGCUGUCUUGGAUUCCUUUACAUGGGGCGAUGUUUUAGUCGGUAUGUUACCUUGAUUUGUGUGGCUUUAUGUUAUGUUCAUUGGGUAUUCGAUUUUGUCUGUCUACAGUUACCAUGUUUUCUUGCGUCAUUUGUAACAUCAAUGUUCAUCCAUUUACCCACACCACUAUUAUGCUCUUGAUGCUUCUGUAGCUUGCUUUACAUUAUCAGCAUUCCACGUUUGAGUUUGUCUUUCAGUACAAUACAAUAAGUUUUAUGACUAGAACUGAAUAAAAAAAUAAGUAGAAUUUGUAGAAUAAUUUAUACUAUUGUUAGGACAAAAUAAAAUCAGCGUUGAAGAUUAGACAAAUUGUGUGCCAG